CCACCUCGAGUCGAAACAAGAAUUUUCUUUCACGAGAACUGAAUUGGCAGUUUGUAUUUGCAUUCGAGAAUGGAAGACAUCGAUAAGACCAGAUGAGCUUUCGUCAAACGAACUCGCGUGGACUGGAGUAAACAAAUCGAUAUUUUCCCUCUGCGAUUUAUCAGAAGCACACGGUUAUAUUGCGAUUUAGUCAGCAGAUUUACCAAUCGGCCAUGCAAUGCCAUGAGCGACCGUCAGAAAACAUGGAGGUCGACGUCUUCGGGCGCCACAUUCGUGGAGGAAAUUCUUCACAAGUAUAAUUGCAAUUCCGAAACAGAGAAUUUCUUCGCGAGGAUGUCCAGUCAAACUUUGGCGGAGCGGCUAGCAGCACUGAAGGGGCACGUUUUCUCCAAUACAAACACAGAAUAUGCCAACUACGAUCAAACCAAUAACGGUGAAGGAAGGAAAAUUGACUUGUCAAACAAUACCCCUCCCUUGAGGCAGUGUGUGUUAACUAAUGCUGACGCUAAACACAAUCCAAGUGGUUUUCGAGUUGACUCAAGCAAACCCUCUAAGAACAGUGAUCAGAGCGAACACGUUCAGCAAGAGAAUUGUGCUGCUCAUGCGAAAAAGGAAGAAGACAUAUUGGAUCCAGGUCCUGCUGAAAGAAACUCAAAUUUGGCGCUCGGCGACCAAAGUCUCGGGGGGGAAGAUGACUGUGUCUUAGCGAGUCGAUUUCCAGCGUUGAGUUGCGGCGAUAACGUCAGUGAUGGCAAGGAUAUAAUAUGUCUGGAUCAUUCUAAGCAAUUAACAUCUACUCCGCUAGUUGUAAUAACGCCUGCCGUUAUGGAUAAGUGUGCCGACGAAGCUACUGUUGACAUGGGGAGCACGAACGGUGGUGUGAAUGGAGAGCUUUUUGCGACCAUGUCUGCAAAGGACACAAGCGACACAUGUUCUUUGUCAAGCUUUGGGUCCUGCUCAGAGAACGAAAUUCUCACCGAUGACGAACCUUCAGAUGAUGAAAUGAGGCAACCAGUAGAAGACAAAUCAGAAAAGAUCCACACACGCUGGAAGAAAAUUCGAAGUAUGAUCCAUUGGUCGCCAUUUGUACAGAACUUUAAAAAGAAAUACCCAUGGGUGCAGCUCGCCGGACACCAAGGUUGCUUUAAACCAGGUGAAAAUGGUACAAUUCUGAAGAAGUCAACUGACAAAGAGAGGGAAUGUCUUGUAAAGCUUAUGAAAGAUAUCUUGAGGCCUUAUAUCCCUGAAUAUAAGAGAGAAGUCAACAAAGGUGGAGAACGUUAUCUUGAAAUGCAGGAUUUACUCCAAGACUUUGAAAGCCCUUGUGUAAUGGACUGUAAAAUGGGAACAAGAACAUACUUAGAAGAUGAAUUAGCAAAGGCAAAGUCAAAACCUAGAAAAGAUCUAUUUCAGAAAAUGAUAGAGGUGGAUCCCAGGGAACCUACUGAGGAGGAGAAAAGAGAGGGAGGAAUAACAAAACCUCGUUAUAUGAAGUGGAGAGAGCAGCUCUCUUCAACAUCAAGUCUGGGCUUUAGGAUUGAAGGAAUUAAGAAAGGUGAUCAAAAACCCAACAAAGAUUUUAAGAAAACAAGAACAAAAGAAGAUGUACAUGAAGUUUUUACCGAAUUUAUUGGUAAUGACGAGCAAUUAAGAAAAAAGUAUCUAAGAAGACUCAAGGCCAUAAGAGCAACUCUGGAGUCCUCACCAUUCUUUCGCACCCACGAAGUGGUUGGUAGCUCUCUGUUAUUUGUUCAUGACGAAGAUGGCCGAGCCAGUGUGUGGAUGAUUGAUUUUGGAAAGACUGUGCCACUUCAGGACGGCAUGUGGUUAGAUCACAGAACACCAUGGGAGGAAGGAAACCACGAGGAUGGCUAUUUAUGGGGGCUUGACAACAUGGUGGAUAUCUGGUCACAAAGAUGAUCUUCACCUAGUAGGAACUAAUUCAUUUUUUAUUGGAAGUCCCUUUUUUAAAUAGAAAGAGAAAACAGAACAAACUAUUUGGACCAAUUUUACUUAAUGCUUAUAACAGUGCAAUCAAAAUAAUGUUGACAGGUGAAUGUUGGCUUCAAUCUGCAUGUACAAACCUGUACAGUAGGGCGAUCUUCCUUUGUCCGUGAACUUUAAACUCCAUGUUUGCAUACAUGUUAAGUUAUCAAAAUACAUCUUUUAGUCUCGCUAGCUGAAUCAAGUAAACCCAUAUCAUUAUACAUGCAGUGAAUAUUUAACAAUCCUGCCCUUUAGUAAAUGUGACAAGUAUAAAUUAAAGUAAUAUGUUUAAUGACUGAGAUAUUUUCUUUUAAUUUCAUACAAAGAAGUAAAAUUGGUGGAUUGGCAACUGGUUGCCUAUUCCUCUUACACAGCUUAACAGCCAUGAUCUAUAACUGCUGCAAAUGCACUGGUUUCUCAUAUUUUCUUGUAAGCAUGGUAUAAUAACUAUAUGUAAGUGUACCAUGCUCCUUUCAGACAUACUUUGUUCUAUAUUUUGAGGGGUUAAAAUUUCUCAGUACUAGAUUUAUGAAGAUCGCCCUAUGGUGUGAAAUAAAUAAUGCUAUUUAAGGUCAUCUUUGAAUUACUUUGUUGUCUUCCAAAUCACUAUACAUGCAAGUAGAUACAGUAUGUUUUAAAUGUCAUUCCAUUUUGUGGCUCACAUGGCAUGUAACAAGUUUCAAUUUGUGGCACUGAAAUCCAAGAUUUUUUGCCAAAUGCAUAAUUAGGGCUCAGCUGAGAUAAACAUACUUUGUACAAAGGACAAAUUGUAGCAUUGAAGCUUCUCAGAGUGAUUAACAUUCAAUUUCCCCUAAGAAUAUAGUUAUAUAGCCUUUUUGAGAGAGGUUACACUUGUCCCACAAAAGCAUAAAAGCGUAUAUGGCAACUAAAACUAGCCAUUAAGAAUGCCUUUUGGCUUUGUUGCACAAGCUUCUAUGCUUCUGUGGGAGAACCUUUCUCUAAACAGCUGUAAAAACACUUUCACUUAGAAAGGCAAUAAGAAUAAAGAAAAUCUUAGUGGUAGUUGUAAUUGUACCUUUAUGAUGCAAUUCAGCAAAGAAUUUGUUUAAGUUGCUUAAUUUGAGAUUGUCAUACAUAUACAGUGGAGUCCCAAUUUCUCAAAAUGUCAUUUUUUCAAACCUCCCUAUAACUUUAACCAAAAGUUGUUUCCCUCUGACCUCAGUCGAACACUGUAAUUUUACCUCCGAUUUCUAGAACUAUGUGAUUUUUUGAACCAAUUUUCAUUUCUCUUGGAGGUUCAAAAUAUUGGGAUUCCACUGUAUGUACAAAUUGGUAUCAAGAAUACAAUCAUCUUCACGUGUAACCCCAGGUGUGAAGUCAUACCAUGCAGUUGAACGUUUUAGAAAAUAUUCCAGAGCCUGUCAUGUAGAAUUCUGUUUUAGUGUAUUAUAAUAACAAUAAAUUAUUAGACAAGCCUGACGUUUCUAUGAGCAAAUAGUUAACUAUCGCUCAUAGAAAAGGAGGGCAAGUAGUGUAAUUGUUAUAGUAGGCACUCUAAAGGAUUACAGCACAAAACCUACAAUUUUGUGUAUUUUUAAAAUUUUAAGAUUCAGAAUAACUUUUAGUUUCAAGAGCAGCAUGCAGGAUCAUUGUCUAUCAGCGAAUAGAAAACAGUGGGACAGCAAAUCAGAUUUUCAGAUUCCCAAUAGAGAAUAUCUGAGUGGCUACUAAUAAUUAUUAUAAGGAACUUGAAUUGCUCUACUGUUAACACUUCCAAUGGUAUGUGGGAUUUAUAGUUUUAAAUGUAGUGAGUUUAAAUUUUAGAGUUUCGAAACUUCACCUCUCUCUACAAACGAUUUGCUGUAAAGAGAAAAUAUCCAUUCAUUGAACAUUGAAACAGUCUGUUGGUUUCAAUCAGUGGGUUUGAAGAACAGCAAUAAAUCAUACAUGAUAAGGACUGGAUAUUCUCUCAGUAUGGUCCUGAGUAAGCUUGGCUUGUAAGAGUGUGAUGUUCAUUGAUAUCAUCUUUCAUAUGAUCUUACAUGUAGCAAUGCAUGGUCUUGUUUAUUAUUUCCUAAGACCUUUUCUUUUUCUACCUUCAAACAUUACUGAGGAGUUAUUUUCGAUUGAAAGUUGAUUUUGUACAUCAUAGAAAAACUUACCAGAAGAAAGGUGCAACAUUACUCCUUAACAGAGGUGGAGUGAAUUUUCAUCCAACAAAACUCAAACUUGCAGUCUAAAGUAAUGGCUAUAUUGCUGAUAAUAACUGCUGACCACAUUUGCAAAAGACCAUGCAAUUCUUUCACACAGACAAGGAAUUUGUAAAUACUAUGCUACAAAGUGAAAGGUAAUACUCAGUUACAUUGUAUAUAUUAUUCCGUUAACCUCAAAAUUCAGGGCUUUUUUUAGUCCAUUUUUUGUUACCUCAAUUGAAUGUUUAGUUACUGCCAUCAUGUAACUUGUACCAUUAAACAUUUUGUAUAAAAUU